AUGUCCCGGCGUUUCUCGUCGGAAGCACCAUCACCUCCAGCACCUCCAGCACCACCUGUAACACCCACAACACCUACAACACCUACGACAUUUGCACCCCCUACACCAGAAGAUAAGCCUUUCUAUGUCACGACGCCCAUCUUCUACGUCAAUGCCGUCCGGUUGGUAGAGCCGCACAUCGGGCACAUGUAUUCGAUGGUGCUGGCCGACGUGUUCAAGAGAUGGCAGACCCUGAUCGGCAAAAAGGCCUUCUUUGUCACCGGCACUGACGAGCACGGCAUGAAGGUGCAGCAGGCCGCCGCCCUCGCCGACAAGGAGCCCAAGCAGCUCUGCGACGAGAACGCCGAGAAAUUCGAGGAGCUGGCGCGGAUGGCCCGCAUCGACUACGACCGCUUCAUGCGCACCACCGACCGCGACCAUGUCCAGGCCGUCGAGCACUUUUGGUCGUCAAGCACCAGGAAACCCUUCACGGGCGCUGUGUACAUGGCCUCGGCCGAGACCAAGAACAAGGUGGAGUGGGUCGAGGAGAAGAACUAUUGCUUCCGCAUGACGGAGCUCAAGGACAGGCUCCUAGACUUCUACGAGAAGAACCCCGGGUGGAUCGAGCCGGCAUCCCGCAUGAACGAGGUUGUCGACUGGGUCAAGAACCACUUUGAAGACCUUUCCAUUUCCCGGCCGGUCCAGCGGUUAAGCUGGGGGAUUCGGGUCCCCGAAGACCCUUCCCAGACCAUCUACGUCUGGGUCGACGCCUUGAUCAACUACAUCACCGCAGCCGGUUUCCCCGACUGGACCCCCGGGGAGUCGCACAAGGGUGGCUGGCCUGCCGAUGUCCACGUUAUCGGCAAGGAUAUUUUGCGUUUCCAUUGCGUAUACUGGCCCGCGCUGCUCAUGGCCCUAGAUAUCCCGCUGCCAAAGAAGGUACUGGUCCAUUCGCACUGGACACUGAACAACAAGAAAAUGUCCAAGUCGGUUGGUAACGUAGUCAAUCCUCUGUACGCUAUGAACCGAUGGGGGGUCGACGCAACACGCUACUAUCUCCUAGCUCAAGGCGGAAUCGCCGACGAUGCCAACUACGCCAAUGACCAUCUUGUGAUUAAGUACAAGAAGUAUCUCCAAGGGGGCCUGGGUAACCUGCUCGGACGCCUCACGAGACCCAAGGCGUGGAACGUACGAGACAUUGUGACGCGCUCGCCUCCUGACCAUGACUUUGAUGUCAUGAUGCACUCGUUCAUGCCCAAGGAAAUAAGACUGGACCUACACGCAACUGAGCAAAUGUUGAAGGGCGCUGCGCCUAUCGUUGCCUCCCGGAUGGAGAAGCACGAGCCUAAAGAGGCCAUCCGCAAGAUAUUUAAGAUUAGCACCACUUUGAACGAGUUACUGUCACGGAGAGAACCGUGGGCAUUGGUCAAAUCAGAAGACGCGGCAGACCACGCAGUGGCAGACAAGACUUUGUUCCUGGUAGCCGAAGGCUUGCGAAUCUCAGGAAUCCUCUUACAGCCAUUUCUGCCCGAUAAGGCUGCCCAGUUGCUUGACACCCUAGGUGUCGCUCGGGAUAAGCGGACGUUUGCCCAUGCCGUCCCGCGGUGUGACAUGGAUUAUGGAAUCCCGAUGGUGGACCCCGGAAGCGGCCGCGCUGAUGGCCUCUUCCCUCCUGUGGUUGAGGACAUGGAUGUCGAAUUUCCCGGGUCUUCUAAGAGCAGGCAGAAAGCGAAGAAGAGCAAGCGCCCGGAGUGGGAAAACACAACGGUGACGGCCUCCGCCAUCCAAGUAUCCACCGCCUCCGAACCUCUCACCCUCGAAGAUGAGUACGAGAACCAGGCGUCGUGGCGUGUCUCGCACGACAAGCUGACCUUUAUCGUCUGCGAGCCCCUCACAACAACACCCGGCUGUGACAGCCCCAGUCCCAGCCCCAGCACCAAUAACGAUACCCCCACUAUCCACGCCGGAGUGCCGGACAGCCCCUCGCGGAUGGUGGGUGACGUCAACCUGUUCCUGUACCCCUACGAAGACGAAGAUGACGGGGAAGACGAAGACGGGGACUCCCCCUCCGCGACGCCCGCGUACUGCGUCGGGGGAGUGGACAUCAUGAUUGCGGGCCUGCAGCACCGCGGCAAGGGGCUGGGCCGGGCGGUGGUGCAGGGUUUUUUGCAGUACGUGGCGCGCCACUUGGAGGAUAUCACGCGGGAGUAUGCCGAGGACAAGGACAUGGCGGCGGCGGUGCCUGGGCUGAAGCUGCUGAUGGCGAAGAUUAACCAGGGGAAUGAGAAGAGUUUGGCGUUGUUUAGGAGUUUGGGGUUCACGCAGGAGGGGGAGGUCAACUACUUUGGGGAGGUGAAGCUCGUGCUUCAGGAUUUUGACACGUUGGCGGCGCAGGUUCCGGGAGGGCCAUCCUAA